UGAACCUGGCGGCGCGAAAUCUUAGAUUAUACACUGUAUAUUCGGUGUUUUUCAAUGUCUGCGUAUCUAAUGAGAACAAAACUUUCAACGGAUAGUUGCUUACAUUAAUACUCCAUGUUUGGCGCGUUAUAUAUCUGCUCUUAUGAUUAUCAGAACAGGCAUGACGUUAAGCUAUGCUUGUAAUAAAUGGAAGGGCUUGUUUACCGUUGGAGAGGAGUUUGAUGUUGAGCACCAUCAUCUGAAUCCUUACAUGUACAGCAGAGCUCCGUUAGCUUGUCAUCAGGCCCUAGGGAAAAUCCAUCUGAAUCUGGUUCUGUUCUGACUCCCCCAGCAUGUGGCACUAUCAAUGCCCUACCAGAUCUCUCCAUGCCUUGCCGUCAGUCAAUCUCUGCCUCCGUCUCUUCUCUCCGAGCGCCCGCGCCAUCCCUGCAACCUUCCUCUAACCUAAUAAACCCUCCACCCCAAGCAUCUCUCAGUGUCCUGCAGAGAAACCUCCCUCCACAGGGUGACUUUGACAACUGGGAUGUGGAUCUGGAGGAACUGGAUAGCAUUCCUCCGAUGGUUUCUGAGCCACAAAAUAAUCCAGCUGCACCACUGGACAACGUUUCACCCACUAAACGGAUGAGGCCGUCAGCACCAGAAGUGCCCUAUCAUGGCAGGUUUGGUGCUACCUUCUCAGUGUCAAUUACACGGCCCUUAGUCAACACCUCAUUCGCGUCCACCAUCCAAGGCUCCACGUGACCAUCUACCCCUAUGCAGAAUGCAAAUCACAUGCGUGGCCCCGCAACACCAGUCUUGCGAUUCCCCAGACCUGUGACUCCCAAGCCUCCAGUUGUGUCGCCUCAGUGCCAGAGGGGAGCUUCGACACCAAGGACCCCGCUGCAGCCCCGAGGGUCUCUUUUCCACUCUGUGUCUUCCACUACUGAUUCCUCUUCCACAUUUACACCUCGUCCUCUCAACACGCCUGUCCUGACCAAUCACCUGGUCCAGCUGGUGUCUGCAGCCAAUAAGACACCUCAGAGACCACAGAGUUGCAUGAUGCCAGCCAAAGCACGUCGUUUUGCUGGCCCGGCAGGAGCACUACCAAUACAGGUCAGUGGACGGAGUCUUGUUGACAUUGUUGUGUCAGUUCCUCAGACGCCUGCACAUGGAGCUGUUGCUCGGCUGAGAAGUAAUCAGGUUUCCAGCUCUCAGGUGAGUGAGGAAGAGGAGUUCAGCAGGGGUCCAUGGGCAGUGAUGAAGACUGAGAUGGGAUUGGAUGAGAAGAACCCUUCUUGCUUUCUGUACUCUUACAGUGUUGUCAUGGUACUCUGCAAGAUUUCUUAG